AUGGAGAAGAUCUCCAUGGCCAUUGUGGACUUCCCUUUGGUGCUCAGGAAAACUGCAAGAAACUUCAAUCAGCCUAUGUGUAAAGCUGCCAGAACAACAGUGGUGGAGGUAGAAGAAAUUGUUGAUGUAGGGUCAUUUAACCCUGAAGAUAUCCAUGUCCCCAAAAUCUACGUCCAUCGUCUCAUCAAAGGGGAGAAGUAUGAAAAAAGAAUUGAGAGAUUAUCACUUCGCAAAGCUGAGGAAUCUCACAGCAAAUCAAAGAAAAGUGGUGAUAAUGUAAGAGAAAGAAUUAUCAGGCGGGCAGCUCUUGAAUUUGCAGAUGGCAUGUAUGCUAACCUGGGUAUCGGCAUUCCCCUACUUGCCAGCAACUUCAUCAGUCCGGAUAUAACUGUGCAUCUACAGAGUGAAAAUGGCGUCCUUGGUUUGGGACCCUAUCCAUCUGAAAAUGAAGUUGACCCUGAUCUCAUCAAUGCAGGUAAAGAAACAGUCACUGUAUUGCCAGGUGCUUCCUACUUCUCUAGUGAUGAAUCUUUUGCAAUGAUUAGAGGGGGACAUGUUGAUCUAACUAUGCUUGGGGCAAUGCAGGUAUCUAAAAAUGGUGAUUUAGCCAACUGGAUGAUUCCU